AACGCUUACAACCUCUAGACCCGAGUUCAAACUUAAUAGUAACACGCACGACAGAGAAUCUAUCACAAUGGCACCGACCGCGCCGGAAAAGGACAAGGACAAAUCCAAGGUUCAUAAAUUGGCUCUCAAAGGAAGCGCCAAACUUGUGGCAGAAUUCUUCCAAUACUCGAUUCAUACCAUCCUAUUUCAAAGAGGCGUCUAUCCGGCCGAAGAUUUCACAGCCGUCAAAAAAUAUGGUCUGAACAUGCUAGUUUCUGCCGACGACCAAGUCAAGGCGUACAUCAAGAAGAUCAUGUCCCAGCUCGACAAAUGGAUGCAGCGCGGCAAGAUCAGCAAGCUGGUCAUCGUCAUCACCGACAAAGACACGGGCGAGCACGUCGAACGAUGGCAGUUCGACGUCCACAUAUUCAAUACCGGCAAAUCUAAAAAGUCUAAGACAUCUCCUAACCAAGAGAACGACGCGCCUCCGUCAGUCUCCAACACGGCCCUUCCCGAUUCUUCGAAAACCGAGGCCGAGAUCCAAGCCGAGAUUGCCGCCCUCUUCCGCCAGAUUACCGCCUCCGUUACGUUUUUACCUCAGCUGGCCGGCGACUGCACUUUCAACGUCCUAGUGUAUGCCGAUGCAGAUAGCGACGUGCCCGUCGAAUGGGGCGACAGCGACGCCAAGGAGAUUGUCAACGGCGAGAGGGUGCAGUUGCGGGGAUUCAGCACUACCAGCCACCGGGUUGAGACGUUAGUUAGCUAUCGGUUAGGGGAAUGAGCACGUGUCAUGUGGCUUAAUUGGGGAUGGGAUUAUUGUACUAUUGGGAUUUGAUGAUUAAGAGACGUGGCGUUUGGAAUUUGUCUGGUUGGGAAUGCUGGUGCUAUUAUAUCUAAUUUACAACUUUACCAUAAA